AACAUAAUUGCACAAGCCAGUGAGGGCAUUCACAGCCGACUGCUCAGAUGGGUGACGGCACACCAGCCAAACGUUUUUAGAAAUAGCAAAAGCCUUGGUUAUAUAGUGCUUACUGACCACUACAUUUAGCUUGCUUCCAUAUAUUGAUUUUUCAGAUGCAGAUCAAGGGAAUGAAAUGGGAGUGAGGAAGUACAUGUUUUUCAUUGGGAUGCAACCCAACACUGUCCAAUCCCAGCACUCGAGGGAAGGGUUAGCGUAAUUACGUAGCCUGAUAAACAAGUACGUUGACUAGCGAGCGGGAGAUUUUAGUUCAAGCAAUAAAAACUAGAGACAUAACUCACCUGUCCAUAAAUCAAGAUGGCUGUGAGAAGCGAGGCCAGAGUGGAGGCAGAGGUAGAGGAGGAGGAGAGCUUUGGACCACAGCUACUGAGCAGACUUGAGCAAUGUGGCAUCAGUGCCAGUGACAUAAAGAAGCUGGAGGAUGCAGGCUUCCACACCAUUGAGGCAGUGGCCUAUGCCCCCAAGAAGGAGUUGCUUAACAUCAAGGGGAUCAGUGAGGCCAAAGCAGACAAAGUUCUGGCUGAAGCUGCCAAACUAGUGCCCAUGGGCUUCACCACAGCAACAGAGUUCCACCAACGCCGAGCUGAAAUCAUCCAGAUCUCCACUGGGUCCAAAGAGCUGGACAAGCUGCUACAGGGUGGGAUAGAGACAGGCUCCAUCACAGAAAUGUUUGGAGAGUUCCGGACAGGAAAAACACAGCUGUGCCACACCCUUGCAGUCACCUGCCAGUUGCCCAUUGACCAGGGUGGUGGAGAGGGAAAAGCCAUGUACAUUGAUACAGAGGGGACCUUCAGACCAGAGAGGUUACUGGCUGUAGCAGAGCGGUAUGGACUUGUUGGGAGUGACGUUCUGGACAAUGUAGCCUACGCUAGGGCCUUUAACACAGACCACCAGACCCAGCUGCUUUACCAAGCCUCAGCCAUGAUGGCAGAGUCCAGGUAUGCCCUGCUGAUAGUGGACAGUGCCACAGCCCUCUACAGAACCGACUACUCCGGGAGGGGAGAACUCGCUGCACGGCAAGGCCACCUGGGACGCUUCCUGAGAAUGCUGCUAAGGCUAGCAGACGAGUUUGGCGUUGCUGUGGUGAUAACCAAUCAGGUGGUGGCCCAGGUAGACGGUGCCGCCAUGUUCUCAGCAGACCCUAAAAAACCUAUCGGGGGCAACAUCAUGGCACAUGCCUCCACUACGCGACUGUACUUGAGGAAAGGCCGCGGCGAAACGAGGAUCUGCAAAAUCUACGACUCGCCCUGCCUCCCUGAGUCUGAAGCCAUGUUUGCCAUCAACGCAGAUGGGGUGGGUGACGCCAAGGACUGAGCUCAGAUGGCACCAUACCAGGGAGUGAGAGCACGGCUGUAUGUCAUGUGGCUAUGCCCCUCACCCGCUACCAUAGACUUGCACAAUGGCAGCUCUUGUGUGUUUGUGUGUACACUCUUCCCUGAGGUAAGAGCUAAGAAAAUGACUAAUAGGGAGAUGCUGGCCACAACUGUUGUGUUGAUAUGAUUUUGGACCGUCCCAUUACUGAGGGAAGAAUGCAUUCCUACAGUACAAGAGGGUACUGUGCAUAGAGAAUGUUGCCUAUUGCCCUAAGGAGCACAGUGAUUUGCCCAUGCUUAGGCUUACACUGAAUACUCAGUUUGUAUUAUACAGUAUAUGGGCCUAUAGCGGCUUUGAUAAUCAGAGGGAGCUCAACUUCACAGAAGUGACAUUUUUCACCAACCCAAUGGACUUGUAAAAUAAUAUUUCUAUCUAACUCCACUGGUAGACGUGGACAUAUUUGGAUGUAUGUUUGUGGUAUUGUUUUGUUUGAUUUAGUUUUUCGGGGGUGUCUGAUUUAGUUUUUCGGGGGUGUCUGAUUUUUCUACCAGUGUUUUUCAUUUAAACCAUCUUUGGAUUUGACAUUCAACUACAUCAAUAGAUCAAUUCUCUUUAUUUGUCAAACAUCUGUUCUUAAUAGAAUAAACAUCAGUACAUGCCCCCUUACUAACAAGGUUUGACACCCUUAACGACUACAUUUUCUCUAUUUGUUUGUGCGUUCAAGAACCAUAGUUUCUGUAUGAGACACAUUGUAUUAAAAUUGUUUUAUCAUUAAA